UUUAUUUUUAUUUAAAAUGGUUAUUAAGACUGAUUUGUGCUCAUUUAGCGAAUGGCGUAUUUACCCUGGACAUGGAAGAAGAUUUGUGGCUAAGGAUGGCAGAUUAUUUUACUACUUAAACUAAAAGAGUAGAGCAUUCUCUGCUAGAAAAGUAAUAAUAUGCAUUAUCAUUUAGAUUAAAAGCCAAGAAAUUUAAUGGACUGUUGCUUGGAGAAGAUUAAACAAGAAAAUUAAAACUGAUGAAGGUGCAAAGAAAAGAAGAAUUAGAAACCUUAAAGUUUAAAGAGCUAUUGUUGGUAUUUCAUUAGAAGAAAUUCGUAGAAGAAGAAAGGAAGAUGAAAGUAAAAUUUUAUUUUAAAUUUAGAAACAAGAAAGGCCUAAGCAGAAUAAGCAGCAAGAGAAAUUAAGGAUAGAAAACAAAAAUAAAUUGAUGCUUAGAAAUCAUAGAGAAAAGGAGUAACAAGUACAUAAAAGGUUGCACAAAAAGCUGAAACCAAAGCAGCUUAAAAGGCAGCUGCCAAAACUGCAGGUAAACAAAAGGGAAAAAAAUGAUAGAUUUAAAAUGUACAUUAUUAUACAACAUUAACUAGUUAAUGUUUUAUAAAUUUAAGAAGC